GUCUACCGAGUUCUCAAAAAUCCGCAUUUGAAGUCUAUUUCUAUUCGCUCUUGUGUCGGRAGCCAGAAUAGCACGGAAGAUCCAAUCGGCGAAGCCUUCGAGGAGCGGAAAGGAUAUUUCKCAUAUUUUGUUUGUAUUUAAUUUUUUCAAUUGAUCGGUGAUCUUGGAUUUGAUAAGACUAUGUUGAGGCGCGUGACAUCCACUGCGACAGCGAGUAGAACUGCCAGUAGUCUGCUGCGUCGUAGCAAUCCUUCGAUGGCCAUCGGUGGAAACACUAGAGCUAAGCAUCCUUCUAGUCGUGCCUUUGCCGCUGCGACAUCGGCCGAAAAACGUGCUUUGAACGCACAACAACUCAAGGGUUCUAGUGGAAAAUCUUCGUCGACAGCUGCGAAAGAAAGUGCGACCGGAGCUGCCCCGACGGCGGAGAGCGGCGGCGGCGGUAUCGGACCGGUUCUAGCGUUAUUGGUAGCUACCGGAGGUGCCGGUGCUGCCUACUAUAACGGUCUUCUUGACGACUUUUUGGGAGCCGACUCUUCUCCGCUGCCACAGAAAUUGGAGGACGUCAAAAAACCCAAAAAGAAGAAGAAAGCGGCAGAAGCAACUGACUCUCCAACYCCCAYAACUAACAUAGAGAAAAAGAACGCAAAUGCUGCCGCAGCAGCAGAUGAGAGUCUGUCUACCAAGGAACUCUUAGAGGUAAAUGAAAUCAUAGCCGAUGUUAUUGGCGAAGUGAAUGAGGAGGUAGCUGCAGUCACCGAAGCCAUAGAAUCCAUUGCCAAAGAGAAUGAGGCAGCUUUAGCCUCCGUUGUGGCUACCCCUGUUGAUAUCACCGCGAAGAUUGAAGAACGUCCUCCAGUUCCAGCASAGGCAGUUCCAAAAGAAGUAAAAAAAAWAACUCCAGAGCCCGAGCCCGUGCCUGAACCUCAACCUGAACCUGAACCUGCACCCGUUCUGAUGGCUUACUCAACGCCAGCUUCCACUCUGGAUGAAGCCAAAAUUAUGUCGGAAAUCGCCGAACUAAAGAAGGCGCUUCACGAGAAAUCCGAUAAGGCCCUCACGGAAGCCCACUCGGAGCUCGCCAAGAUUUCUUCUAUGGAUGUUAUGARUCUCGACCUAGAUCAAAUGACCAGCUCACAACUCAAAGUCAGAUUGGUUCAAAUGGCAAAAGACCUAGAGGAGCGAACAAAGUGGGAGGCGGUGCGCUUGCAGGAAUUCUUGUCCAUGAAAGAAAAGGAAGUCGAAGAUAGGURCGUGCAUUACGUUUGAAAAUGAUGUAAUUUGUUUGUUUUCUUGUCAACUUCUAAG